AUUUAACGGAUGAGGAAAAGGAUGACCUCCUGUUAUCGUGUCGAUACGGGGACCUUGAAGAUGUUCAAGAGUUUAUUCGAAAUCAUGGACACGAACCGUUGGCGUCGAUUCGAGAUGGGAAUGGCAACACCAUCCUCCAUAUGGUUUGUGGAAACGGACACGAUGGUGAGCUGUAUGGAUAUUGAGAUCAAAAUCGCGAACAUUGAAACGUAUUCAAGGUGUCUCCUCCUAGAUCUGCUUGACUUGUUAUUGCCGAAAAUUCUCCCUUCACUUUUAUCGGCCCAAAACCACGCUGGAUCGACCGCACUUCACUGGGCCGCUCUUAAUUCACAUCUCACGACGAUCCAAAAGCUUGUCUUGUUCCCCGAUGGACCUGGUAUCGAUUUGAUUGAUAUAAAAAAUAAUGCGGGUCAUUCAUCGUUCGCAGAGGCAGAACUUUCAGGGUGGGAAGAAGGCGCAAAGUGGCUGGUACAAAUGAUGAAACUCGACGAGAAUCUGAAAGAGGAUGACAAGGAUUCAGAAGCAGACGACAGUAACGGAGCUGAUGAUAUUGAGGUAGAAAUCCAGGACGCAGACGGACAAGUGGCUAAAAUGACUAUCAGCGGUGGGGGCAAAAAGUGAGGAGUUCAUAUAUGUAAUGAAGAUAUAUUCAUAUAUAAAAAUUCCAA